CUGCAAGCCAGUGAAAGCAUUAUCCUUCAUUUGAUCACUUUCCCAGGAAACAAACAAGCUCUUGAUGCCGCCAUGUAUUAAUCGAAGGAAACGAAUCCUGCAAGCCAGUGAAACCCACAGUUUGGGGAGAGAUAGAGAGAGAUGGAGGGAAUAGAGCACAAGACGAUUGCCGUCAAUGGCCUCAACAUCCACGUGGCGGAGAAGGGCCGAGGCCCGGUGGUGCUCUUCCUCCAUGGCUUCCCGGAGCUCUGGUACUCCUGGCGCCACCAAAUCCUCUUCUUGGCCUCCCACGGCUACCGCGCCGUCGCCCCCGACCUCCGCGGCUUCGGCGACACCACCGGCGCCCCCGUCAACGACGCCGCCAAGUUCACCGUCCUGCACACGGUGGGCGACGUCGUGGCGCUCCUUGACGCCAUUGCGCCGCAUGAAGAGAAGGUGUUUGUUGUGGGACAUGACUGGGGAGCCUAUAUUGCUUGGCACUUGUGCUUGUUUAGGCCUGAGAAAGUCAGGGCUUUGGUGAACUUGAGCGUCCAUUUCUUAGCAAGGCACCCCACAGCAAAGUUUGUAGAAACAUUCAGACAUUUCUAUGGCGAUGAUCACUAUAUCUGCAGAUUCCAGGAACCUGGAGAAAUUGAAGCUGAGUUUGCAAAGAUUGGUCCUAGAAGGGUCGUCAAAAAGUUCCUGACAUACCGGAACCCAGAGCCAUUUCGUUUCCCUAAAGGUAAAGGAUUUGGAGAUUCACCUGAUGAUCCAGUCAUCUUGCCCUCUUGGUUAUCAGAAGAAGAUGCUGAUUACUAUGCUAGCAAGUUUGAACAAACUGGCUUCACUGGUGGAAUUAACUACUAUCGGGCAUCUGAUUUAAACUGGGAACUCACAGCUCCAUGGGCAGGGGCCCAAGUAAAGGUGCCGGCGAAGUUCAUUGUGGGUGAUCUAGACUUGGUUUAUCACAUCCCAGGAGCCAAGGACUACAUCCACAAUGGUGGUUUCCAGAAGGAUGUGCCCCAACUGGAUGAAGUCGUUGUCAUGGAAGACGCAGCACACUUCAUCAACCAAGAGAAGCCUGACGAGAUCAACAAACACAUUCUUGAGUUUGUCAGCAAGUUCUGAUCUCAUCUCCCUUCCUUUGAUCCUUGAUGUUGUUUUGCUUCAUUUCAUGCAAUAAGCCAGCGUCCGUCAGUGCUAUACUGAACACUAAGAGCCCAUCCGAUUUGGCCGUUAGUUUUUAUGUGUUUGUUUCCAAUGUCUACUUUCAGAUCUUUGUGUUUGGGUCUACUGAUGCUGGUGGUGUGUUUGCUUUCUUAUUGUCAAAAAUUAUUCUAUGUUGGCCAGUUUUCAUCCUUCAUGAGGAGAAUAAUUUUUCUUUAAUAUAUUAAGGUAUGGUUCCCUGUUUGUAUGUUUGGUCACUCCCAACAACAAAUCAUU